CCCAUCCUCAAUCCUGGUCGUUUUGCUUCAUCGCACUAUCAUGCCCGGUAGCUUAGAAGGCCGAUAUAUCAGACUUGAGAUUAUCAGUGGAAAAAAUAUCAAAGUUCCCUCCUUGCGCAUCCCCGCAGGCAUCCAUGUGUCCGUCAAUCUCGACUCGAGCAGACGCUGGAAAUCAACAAUCGGUGUCCUAUCAUCCGACGAAUCUAUAACGUGGCGCGAUAGUGUGACCUUAUCAUCAGAUGCGUCACCUACGUUAUCAGUGGAGAUCAGGGCUUCCUUCGAGCUCGAUUGCAUGCUAGGCAAUGGAGAAGUUGUCGGAAAACUUGACAAAUCAUGGGAUGAGCUGCUAGAUCAUGGAAAUGAGCCUUUCGACAUCUCCUUUCCGUCUGUUCACUCUUCCCUCACACUAAAGGCCACGGUUCUACAUGACUGUGACUAUCAGGACAGCGCACUGCCUGACUCCAUCGUUGAAUGUGAGAUUGCUCAAGACACGGAUGCGGGCCAUGAACGAUUUGCCACAUACGUGACAAGCAAGACGGUCUCUCACCUGAAUGAUGCUGUAAAGCAUUUUCAGUUGGUCCUGGACCAAUGUCCAGUCGGCCAUCUUCAUCGGGCAGCGGCUCUCACCAACCUCGCGUGGGCCUGCCUUCAAGGCUACAUUCGAAAGGAUUUUCAAGACAUCGACUCUAUCACUUCUCUCUUCCGCGAAGCCCUUGCAUUGCGUCCGCAAGGCCACCCCGAUCAUCCCUUAUCCAUCUAUAACCUCACUGAAGCGCUGACCUGGCGCUACAGCAAAGAGAACUUCGCCGUCGUCUAUAUCCAGGAAUGCGCGCAACUGUCCUGCAAGCUAUUGCCCCUCUGUCCAGAGGGCACCUACCUUCAUAGCAUCGCGGCAGGGGCAAAUGGCGUCGAUUAUGUGAUCCGCUCAUGCAACAAUCUUCCAAAAGACGCAUCCGAUGAAGGCAUCCACCUUCGACGAGUCAUACUCGAGCUUUGUCCUCUGGGCAGCGCACACCGUCCGAAAGCACUCGACAACCUUGCGCAGGCAGUUGAAGCACGCUUUGACCAGCGCGGCACCAUUGAUGAUCUAGCAGAGAGCAUACAACAUGAGCGUGAAGCCGUUUCUCUGUGCCCCGAGGGACAUUCUGAACGCGACACCUACCUGAAUAACUUGGCCUACUCACUCAAAUCUCGCUUUGAUCACCAAGGCAACUCAGAUGACCUCAAUGAGGCCAUCUCUUUGUAUGAAGAAGCGCUGCGCCUGCGCCCUGUUGGGCACAAAUCUCGUGAUUUCUCAUUGAACAACCUAGGACUCGCCCUCUGGACCCGUUUCAAGCAACGUGGUGAUGUUAACGACAUCAUCAGAUCCAUCAGCCUCCAGCGCGAGGCACUGACGUUGCGCCCGCCUGGGAAUCCAUAUCGUGAUCAGACACUUAACAACCUUGCGCUCGGGCUCAAAACCAGAUAUGAGAAAUUAGAUGCCAGCGAGGAUCUCGACGAGGCCAUCAACCUCUACCGGGAUUCACUUCAGUUAAGGCCGCAUGGCCAUCCUCGUCGCCAUACAGCUCUUUUUAAUUUGAGCUCGGCGCUCCGUUCUCGUUUCACGCAAACUCGGAAGAAUGAAGAUAUCGAGGAGGCCAUUCGACUCUGCCAAGAGUCGUUGGAGUCUUUGCCUUCACUGCACCCAAGUAGAUAUUUCAGCUACAUGUGGCUGAAGAAUGCCUACGUGUCUCGUUACCAAGUGCAACGCAACCUCGCCUAUUUAUCGCUCGCUGUGGAGAACUUCAGACUAGCGUCGAGGCAUCCUACUCAAGGCUUUCCGCGUCGAAUUGAAACAGCUCUGCGCUGGGUUGACACGGCCGAAAAUUAUCAACACGACUCUUCUCUCGAAGCAUACCAAACGUGUUUGGAGCUUUUCGAUAACCAUGUGAUGACGCGGUCGUCAAUUAUCUCACGGCGCGAGGCUGCAACCGCUUUUCGCAGCUGCCAAUCAUUGCCAGUAGAUGCAGCCUCCUGUACCAUACGUCGUGAUGAUCUGCGACGAGCAGUUGAACUUGCGGAGCAGGGUCGUGGUCAGCAGUGGUCGCUGGCUUCUCGACUCAGAACUCCGCUGGAAGACCUGAAGCUUGCAAGUCCGGAACUAACUCACAGGUUCUCAGAUAUCAACGAGCGCUUAUCUGGUACUCAGGGUUCCGCCGGCAGCGCUGAUCGAGCUGCUGCUGAUCGAGCAGCAGUACAGUACAGAAGACUUCAGCAGCAGUGGGAAGCAGUGGUAGCUGAGAUCCGUCAUCUUAAAGGUUUCUCGCGGUUCCUGCUCCCGCCGUCGUAUGAAGACUUGCAACUGGCGGCGCGUCAUGGUCCAGUCAUCAUCCUCGUUGCGAGUCAAUACUCGUGCAGUGCCAUCGUUGUCCCGACGUCAGGAGAGCCCCACCACGUUCAAUUCCCGCGCGUCAAUCUCACACAUCUGGAGAAGCUCAAGAGAGACGAGGAAGGAAUUGCAAGUUCUCUGCGGACAAUAUGGGACGAGAUCAUGCUCCCCAUCGUCAUCGUCCUCCAGCGUGAUCUCAGAGUAACGAGCGGCUCUCGAAUCUGGCUGUGUCCAACUGCAACCUUCACUUCCAUUCCUCUUCACGCAGCUCACCCCUUUCGAACGAAGACAGACGGACGACGUGAACUAUGCCUGGAGGACGUCUACAUCUACAAGACGAUGAAGAAACGCGUUACUUCCGUCAUUCGUCGCAAUCGGACAAAGUUCACCGGUGAGCUUGAGCUCGUCCGCAAACUCGUCCCCGCGACGGCCAACUCCACCACUCUCUCCGGCGACGAUGCCACUCGAGCAGGUGCACUAGAUGCUUUGCAACACAAACACUUGGACAAACCUCUCACGUUGCUCGAUAUCAUGGAGAAAGACAUUCCUCACGCUGAGUUCGCAUUCUUGUCGGCGUGUCAUACCGCUGUUGGUGAUGAGAAGACACCGGACGAAGUCAUCCACCUCGCAGCUGGACUCCAAUUUUCAGGGUUCAAGAGCGUCAUUGGCACGCUGUGGGUGGUUGACGACGCUGUCGCGAAACACGUUGUCGAAGCUUUCUACAAGAAGAUGGUCAAGGGUUUGGAGGAUGGUGUAUGAUGGACUGUACGAAGGCGGCCUGGGCACUCAAACCGUGCUACAAACGCCGUAAAGACGAAAGUUCCGCUUGAGCAGAGGAUGGUUUUUCAUACAUAUUGGUGUGUAGUUCUAUGUCUCAUUGUUUCGAUAUCGUACAGUUCUUCAGGUUAUUCUCUUCGGUCUAUGCUGUACUUAAAGUUGUAGGAAUUACUUGUACUAGCCUAAACAAUGUGGGUUACCGUGG